AAGGAAAAGACAAAGAGGGAAUUAACUGUAAUCACUGUGGGAGUCACAAACACCCAGUGUUCUGGGUACAUGAAAAAAAACCAAAAAAAAACCAUCUGCACUAAAAAAACAAGACAUGGACAAUACUCUAGAAACAACAAGCAAAAAUGUUCUAAAAUACCUUAUACCCCUUCCAAUAUAAACAAUCCUUAGAACUGAUGAAAACAAAGCAUUGGUUGGCAACUAUUUCUAUUCUAUUCUACGAACUCACUCCUCUCAUCAACAAGAAGCUGAUAUGUGGAGUGUGUGCACUGCCAUAAAAUGAUUGUCAUCAUAUGUUACACACAGGCACAUUUCGCAUUCGUUUACCCAGUGUUUAGGUGUACAUUACUUAAUUAUAUAUAUUAUAUUGUAUCAGUGACAAAGUGAUGGUUGGACUGUAAUUCUUACAAGCUAAAAUGUCCACACAUUCCACCUCUGCUGUUCUUUACAGACUCACAUGCCAAACACCUCCUACCACUACCUAUGAAAGCAUUAUUUAAGUCCUCCCAUUUAGGCAAGAGAUUUAACUAAGAAAUGAACACACACACAGACAAACACACACACACUCACAUUCCUCAUUCAGGAUCCAUUUCAGGGUAUAGUGGCAGCCCUUAAAAAUGGUUUACAUCAAGCUGCCAGUGGGGGUGCUGUGAGCCACUGCUCUUCCCUUAGCCCUGCCUCAGCCUCUCCUCUCUGUCUCCCCUCCAGUCUGUAGGUGGGAUCUUAUUUUACUCACCACAAUGAAGAGCGCUGGAGAGGGGAAGAACUGGGCCUCCAGCUAUGAAACAGCUCCCAAUACACUUUAGCACCCACCAAGCCCAACUACUUUUGGGAAGCUAUUCUUUCACCAUACAGUACAUUUCAUGGUGUUAAAUAAGUUAGGUUUAAGCAAAACAACAAUGUUCACUCUGAAUUAAAACAGCAUUGGAGUGUGUGCAAGGACAGACAUCAGACUGACACUGGAAUUGUAUUCUGUCAACACUGUAGUGCCCAUGUCACCAGGAAUCAAAAAGAGGCAGUUGCAUGCAUAUAGCUAAAUACUAAAUCACUGCCUCCUACCCACAAGCCACUUUUCCAACAUGUAUUGGCUCUAAUAACACUAUAGAAAACCACUAAAACUAUCACUGACUCUAUAUAGACGAUUGUUCCUUUACAUUCUCAGGAAAUGGCCUCUCAAACGCAUCAUUAAUGUACAACACAAUACAUAUUACAUAGAAUUCACCGACAGACACAAACAAACCACUGGUAAAUCGCUGAAUCAUAACUGGCUUAAUUAAUGGCUACAAGCAAGGCCUGGUAUUGAUCUGUUUUGUGUUACAUGUGUUGGGACAUUGGCUACGCUGGGUGUGAGAGGGCAGACAGACCUCUCUUGUUUACUGUGCCACUCUGCUAAGUGUUCAUCCCACUACUAAGCCCUGCCAUGGUGGCUUUAAAACAAUCAGAUGGCCAACCACACAAGCACAAGGCCGCCUGAAGGUGGUGAAUGUCACCCAUUUUUAAUGGAUUAGCCAUUAGUGGUUAAUGUCACACUGCUUGCCACAGCACCAUGUGAAGGUUUCUCUCUCUCUCUCACUCACACACACACACACACACACACACACACACACACACACACACACACACACACACACACACAAAGAAUAUAGAAUUCAGGUGAGUCCAGAAAUGGUUAACUGUAGUUUAUGUUUUUAUGCACCAGCCUUGACCAGGCCGUAUGUCAUCCAUUACAUGCCUUGGAAGAACAGGCAUACUCUGUCCCAGUGCUGAGCUGUCCCACUGAACUGCCGAAUCAUCUUUGCACGGGUUUCGCUUUUCCGGUCAGGGGAAACUUAUGCACUUCACUGUUCACAACAGAGAAGCAGAGACUCAUGGGAGUCUGCUGAGCCAGUAGUUGCUCUGUCUGUUCAAAGUACUCUUGCCUGGAAGUGAAAGUUACCCAUGGAAGUGGGUCAGUCUGCCAUCACUGGGCAGCUGGGAGCCAUGAAGGUGCAGAAAAAGGAUCUGCUUUAUCUAAGAUGAAAGCCAAGACUCAGGGUAAUAUGACACCACCUAACAGAAUGUGAUAUUUUCUCACAAAUUAAGCCAUUAAAGAAUGCUUCUCCACAUCUGAUAGCAAGCAUUCCCUCUGUCAUCAAGGCCAAGAUGCUGAAGACAGAGGCCUCGUCAGAGAGGACUACCCUGAGGAGUGCCUCCCCACACAGGAAUGCCUACAGGGCAGAGUUCCAGGCUUUGAAGAAGGCCUUUGACCAGCCAAGGCAGGACAGGGACCCCAAAGUCAAGGAUCCGGAGCAGGUCAGGCAGCCUCGGGGCCGGCAGUAUGGUGCACACGUCAGCCGGAUUAAGGACAUGUUCAUGCAGAUGGGCACAGAGACCUCUGGUGCAGGCAAGGCGCGAGGCAGGGAUGAGACCUCACCACAGAAGCUUACCAAGCCGACCAACUUCAUCAACCGGGCGGAUGGCUCGGUGAUCAAGCUCCAGCCUGGUGAGAGGACCAGUGGUAGCCACAACUCCAAGUUCUCUGAGACGAGAAAGCUCUUUGAGCAGAGCACAAGAGACACGUCACAGUCUCCCGUAUACUCCUAUGGCAGAGACAAGAAGGGCUCACACGAGCACCUGGAUGACUGGAGGGGGGCUCGCUCCAAUCGGGGCAGCACUGACUCUUUAGACAGCCUCUGCUCCCGGACGGAGGCCUCAUCACCCACGGUAAGUCAGCUUAGCGCCGUGUUUGAGAACUUGGACCAGCAGGGCACCAGCUCAACACUCCGGAGGGGCUAUGGAGCAUGCCGUGCGCUCUGCUCUCCAGACAGCACUCACCGGCAUGGGGAGGCCAGUGAGGAUGACACCAGCGCACGCCAGUCCCCAUCAAGAGGCAUGUACUGGACACGUGUCGGUAGCAAGCAUGCCUUACCUGUGUCAUCCUCCUCAGAAGACCUUUUCAGUCCCAGCCCUCUGUCUGAAGCAGCAGAUCAGGCAAAGGCAUCUGAGAAAAAGCCCCAGGAGAGGGGUGUCGUGGCGGCAGUGCCAGAGAGUCAGCAUGUGGACGCUAGAACCACACUCACAGGCAGCACUCCAGAGCAGAAGCAAGAGGAUGAGGAGUCUACAGGGGUUAGCUUAAACUCCGCUCAAAUCAAUGACUCCACAUUCAGUGAAUUACCACAGGAGGGUACCACAGCCAUCAAAGAGCAGAAGGAAGAGGUGGAGCCUAUCGAGGAUGAUGCCAGCUGGAUUACAGGGGAGCAAAAUGAGGAGCACGAUGAGGAAUAUUGUGGCAAUGAGACAGUUAUUUUAAAUGCAGAUGGGGAUGCUUCCUACCAGGGCUCGGUAGAGAGCUCCACUGACCUCCAGGAUGAUAUGUAUGGAGAUGAUGAUGUUAGCUAUGACCCUGGAUCAGAUGUCAUUGAGAUUCCUGGUCUUCCAGAAGAAGACAAGGAGCAUAUUCCUCAGCGGCGGAAAAUACGAUUCAGCACUGCCCCAAUAACAGUAUUUAAUACCUACUCAAAUGAGGACUAUGACCGCAGGAACGAGGAGGUGGAUCCGGUGGCGUCCUCAGCGGAGUAUGAAUUGGAGAAGAGGGUGGAGAAAUUGGAGCUUUUCCCAGUGGAGCUGGAAAAGGAUGAUGAUGGCCUUGGCAUCAGUAUUAUUGGAAUGGGAGUGGGAGCUGAUGCAGGCCUGGAGAAACUAGGCAUCUUCGUCAAGACUGUUAUCGAAGGUGGAGCAGCGGCGAGAGAUGGAAGGAUCAAGGUGAAUGAUCAGAUAGUGGAAGUGGAUGGCACCAGUCUGGUGGGUGUGACCCAGAGCUUUGCUGCUUCUGUGUUGAGGAAUACACAGGGAGUGGUCAAGUUUGUGAUUGGCCGAGAGCGUCCGGGGCAGGAGAGUGAGGUGGCUCAGCUGAUCAGCCAGACCCUGGAGCAGGAGAGGCAUCAGAGAGAGAUGCUGGAGCAGCAGUAUGCUCAAUAUGAUGCUGACGACGAUGAGACGGGAGAGUAUGCCACAGAUGAGGAAGAGGAGGUGGGAUCAGCUGUGACAGACAGGGAUGUGACCUUUGAGGUGUAUGACCUACCUGAAAAUGAGGGCAUCAUCUCGCCAUCGGGGAUAGAUGCCAACAAGCUCUACCAGAAGUUCCGGGAGCUGCAGAUCAAGCAGAGUGUCACUGAGGCUGAGACCCAAAAACUGAAAAACAAGCUGGCAGCAGUGGAGAAAGAGAAGACUCGCUGGGAGCAGGAGAAAACCCAGCUGAAGCAGAGCAUCGAGGACAACAAGGAGCGGGUGCUGAAACUAGAGAGCUACUGGAUCGAGGCGCAGACGCUCUGCCACACGGUCAAUGAGCACCUGAAGGAGGCACAGAGCCAGUACCAGACCCUAGAGAAGAAAUACAACAAAGCCAAGAAACUCAUCAAGGACUUCCAGCAAAAAGAGAUGGAGUUUGCCCAGAGGGAAGAGGCAGAAAAAAAGAGACUGGAAGAAGUGGAGAAAGCUCAUUUAGCUGAAAUCCAGGGGCUGCAAGUGAGGAUUACUGCUUUGGAGUCUGAGCUUAUGCUGCUGAUGAAGCAAAAUGGCAUCCAGAUAAACAACAACAACAACAACAGCCCAGAGAGCCGUGUGCAGCUGACUGAGAGGCUGGCUGCGUUCCAGUGUUCUGGAAGAUGGGUGACUGCAGGAGGGCUGGCUGGGGUGGAAUGUGUGGGCAGUGAGUUGGUGAAGGCUCAGUGCCUGCUGGCAGGCAUUGCUGGACCACACACAGUACGAGAUAGAACCAGGUCUAACGAGAGGGAGCAGGACCUGGAUCAAAGGUGUCUGGCCUCCACUUUGUCUGGCAGCAUGGAGGUGUCACCCAGACAUGCGAGUUCUCCAAUGGCGUCAAGCCCUUCACCAAGUCAAGAGGAGAAUGACAGCAAGCAACUCUUGGACCUUGGGUUGGCUCUGCAACACAGCAGGGGUAAAGAACAGGAACCCCGAGGCUCACCUGGAUACAGCUCCAAGGAACCAUCCUUAGAGAAUAGCCCUGAGAAACCAAAGAGCAAGGGACCAGCUGGAAAGGAUGACCUCAGCAUCAGUAGUGCGAGCUCGGUGGAGAUCAGCGAUGUGGUGUCAAAGCCUAAGCUGCCUGGCCGCUCACACACACUGGUGGUGUCGUCAGGCGAGAGUCUGGAAAUGACAGAUGAUGAGAACCUGGAGGAGGAAGGACAGCUUGUGAAACACCACCAGUGCAAUGUGUUGGACUGGUCGUGUCAGCAAGUGUCUCACUGGCUCAUGGGCCUCAACCUGGAGCAGUAUAUCCCUCAGUUCACUGCCAAGAACAUGGAUGGAGAGCAACUCCUGCUACUCAACGGCACUGCCCUCAAGGCUCUGGGUGUGGCCUCCUCUCAGGACCGGGCUCUGAUUAAGAAAAAGCUAAAGGACCUGAAGGUCCUGAUGGAGAAGGCCUGCAAGAACAGAGAGAAGCUGGAGAAGCAGCGUGAGAAGCUACGCAAGAAAGAACAGGAGCAACUGCAUAACGAAUGCUCCAAAAACAGCAUGUCCUCUGGACCAUCAAAGGGCCCUACAGAGUGAUGACACUAUCCAGCCUUUGAGAUUGUUCUGGCAUUGAAAACCAUUAGAAGAAGAGAUGAGUCUAGCAUUUUAUGGGGCUCAAAUCUGGUGCCCCCUCCAGAGCCUCUUUUCAAGAGGAACUGCUGCCGAACUGCCACUGGAGAAAAUUAAACCAAACAGUCCUGAGAAGGAUCUCACUGUCUUCACUUUAAGACUUUUUAUGUUUAACUGUUUAUUUCUUCAUUUUAGAACAGUUUGAGAUGUAUCUGUGUAUUUUUAUUUACAGCUUACAAAUGUCUAUUUAUUUGCGUUCUGAGAAAACUAUAAAUCUUUGAAGACCAAAAUGUGCAGUUUACUCUGUGCAAGAAGGUAUUGUGAGAUCUCUUGACUUGAAGCACAGUCAUAAUGACAGUAUUGCUGUCACAGCUUCACCAGAAAGCUGCUAGGAUGCAUAAAAGAGCCUACACAGGCAAACUCACUGGAAUACUGAAAUAUUACUUAAUAUUAUGAAAAAACCUUUUCAGGUCACAGACCUAGAAGUUACAGUCAACCUUAGGGAUAUUGUGUAGGCUACAUACUGUAUUACCCUAUCAGUCUGCUGUUUCUUUCCUAAACCCUUCAGUGACUUCUCAGUAUUCGAGUGAAGUAGAACUGUUCUACUCUCAAGAGCUCAGAACCUCUUACAACAAAGACAUGAUGUGGAAAAAUCAAUUAGAAGUCUGAAUAUACUAUAUAGCCACUGAGUAUCUAAGAGAGCUGAGGACUAAAUACUCCACAAACGAGUGACUGGAUCACUGACAUCCCUUGCUGCUUCUUCCUCACCGCUUCCUGCUUUAAGUCGUGACGCUGACCUGGAGCCACCGUUAGACCCAAGUGCUGCCUUUUGAGCUGCUGUAUAGAUUUUGUACAACAGAGCAAUUCUAAGUGUGUGAGAACACCCCUGAGCCAUCAGGCAUCCCAGGGUCAUCGAGUCAUUCAAAAGCCCGCACUUAACACACACCUGUUAUCAACAGCUGUGAUGUAGUUAUUAUUUUACUUUCUGGUCCUUCAAGUGUGUUUUUUUUUUUUUUUUAAACCUCCUCCAGCCAACUACAAUCUUGGCCCUCUCACACUCACUUUGGUCAGUAAUACCUAAACACUGUAGGGAUGCAGCAUUAAAAGAUUUUUAAAAAGUGUUUAAAAAAAAUGAGUUUUAUAAAAUUCACUAUGUAAUACUAUGAACAACUAUUGCCUCCAUGAUUCUAUUGUGAAUUUAUUUUCAAUUGUACAUAAUAGUAAAUAAUAAAGUAAUUUCUAUUAAAUGUG